CGUCAUCCGCGUCGCACGGCCUUGGCGUACUGCCCAAGCGCACUUCGAGCGGGAUUCAUUCCGAUUGGCACUUUGGCCAUUGUGCCUGGCUGCCAUGUUUUGUUAACUGUGGGGUGUGUUGAGGUGGAUUUUCGGCAGCAGAACAUCAGCCCCGUUUGUAAGCAGUUACGAUGGGGGUCUGCAACAAGAAGACGAAAAAGGACACCGACUACUAAAUAACUACCAACAACUAAACAAGACACCACUAAACUACUGACUAAUCCACACACGCUCACACACUUAUAUUCGCGAAGUAAAACGACCACCACCAUCAAAACACACACACACGCGCAGCAGCUAAUGAUGCGUCUGAUUAUUUGCCCAGCCACGAAGAAUUUUUUAUACCAUGUGUAGGAGAAGAGCAAUAGUUAGUCGCAGCCACCCACACGCUCGUACUUCUGCAGGACGGCAGGAUCCAAGCUGCCAAGGAGGCGCCAAACGAGCGAAGAACGCGCGCCGCACCGGCACGCGUGAGCUAUUUUGAAGUCCACGCAUGGCCAUCGUCGCCCUUCGCAAUCGCAGCUAAAAUAUAUUAUGAAGUAUCCGCAACUGGUGUCCAUGCCAUCGGCCGUCUCUGAUUGGCUUGAAGAGCAGUUGGAAGCGCGCGGAAUCGACGCCGUCGUCUACACGCGUUACGUCUUGAGCUUAUUGUACCGCGACCCCGUCGAUAUCAUUUGUCCCGACCAGGACCUCCAUAUCACUCAUCCAAACAAGGAAGUGAGACGUGCUGGAGGCGGUAGAAAACGCCUCUGCCGUUCGAGCGACUACUCGCAUUGGGGGCAUGCCGACGCAGAUCGACUUAAACGUUCGGCAGCCGUUGAAUGUCUGAAGUCCGCUUCUGAUCAGAAAUGUGGCAUUGAAUCGCUCGUGGAUGAACUCUGUGCUAAGCUGAAGGAGAUCCAGCGCGAGGGUGAAGUCGUCAGCGUCGAGGAACCGCGGAUUGCAAAGGAGACAAAGGCCGUCCGCAUCCCGAAGAAGCUCUCCGAGCGUGACUCGGCCCGGCGUUACUACGCCGCGUUUCCGGCGUUAGCGCGCACUCCCUCGAACCCGAGCCCGAAGCUGGUCCACUUUAUACCGAAGUGGCUCGGCUCGCCAAAGCGACGCAUCGCGGGUAAAAAGUCUCAGCGUGGUGCCGCCAGUCUGGAGGAAAAGUUGCACUGCAAGCAGGAAGCGGAAAUGAAGGCGCGCUCGACUGGUAAGCACCGUUUUAACUAUUUUUCGCGCGGCGUUGCUGGCGGGCACAAAGAACAAGCGCGCAGGGAGGCUGAACCGCUGCAACACUCCGCCGUGAUGAACGAGGAGGCGAUGUACGAAGACCUGCCGGUGCUUGGCGAUAUUCGCGACUUGCUUGAUUCGCCAUCGCCACCGUCGACAAUGAUGCCCGUCGAUUUGAUGAACCUGGCGAACAUGACCGACACGGGCAGCAAUAAGUUUCUGCAGUGUGGCACCAAUAUUAUUAGUUCCAUUUGGUCCACGAGUAAGGACUCGCUGCAGCCGGUUGAUCUGGAUCAUGAAUUCAGCAACAUUCGCAUUGAUCACGGUGUUUGGGCGUCACCGCCGCAGUCGUUCUUUGACGACGAGAGCGGUGGUGAUGAGUGGAGCUAUACAAUGCAGCGUUGGUCUGAUGGUUACGAACAGGAAAGCCUCGUAGCUAAAAGUUUGCUUAAACUGAAUCACAAUCGCGACGAUAGUUGUUUCGCUGAGGUUCGCCCGCGCAGUCGCUUUACUGUGCGCGCUAAUCAAGCGCCCGUCUUGAGUCCCCGACCUGUGGAAGAUGUGGAAGCGGAUGCGCUUGUGCCGAAAGAUGAUCUCUUGCACUCGGACAGUAGUCACUUUAAGCCGAUCAAUGAAAAAGCCGAGGCCAAGAAUCGUGUGUACGCCAACGGCACUACUUUUGCCAUUCAUGCUAACUUGGACGUGGUGGCAUUCCAGCGCAGCGAGAGCGGCACUUUGUUUCUGCAAGAGUCCGGGUGCAAUAAGCGCUAUCAGGAGUAUAAAAAGGAUCUGUCGAACAACAAUUUGCGCCUGAAGUUCAUUGUUAAUCCGAAUGAUAAAGGCUGUCAGACAGACGCUGCAGACUUGGAUGUUUCACUCUCGCGAUUGGCUUUUACACUCACCGACUGUGAUGUGUACAGCGAUGAUAUCGAUGCGUACUUUGAUGAGCAGCUCUCGGAUGCCGAGUCGUCGGAGCAACGCCCCGAUAGCAUGAUGGCGGAGCUUUUUGGCAAGGAGCAUAAAUGCGAGCAGUGUUGCGGCGAUUCGCCGUGGUCACAGCGUCAGCAACUUGCCGGAAGUGCGGCCAGCUCCAACAUCUGGAACGGCGAAAUAUGCAUGUCGUGUUUGCGCGCCAGCCACUCUUCCGACGGCGGUGCGUUCAAGGUGACCCCGCUGGAGGAGCGUCAGCAGUUGCGCGAGGACAUUCAGGAGGACGGCGAACAACUGCUUUCCGAUUUGAGCAGCCUGCAGAAGAGCUACAUGGAAGAAGAUCUACCCUUUGCUGAGAAUACUUGCGACAUUGGAGCACUCAUCUGCUCCACCAACGAUGACGAUGACGACGACGACCAUGGCAACGUACACGGAAACACCGCCGCGUGGAGGCAGUUACGGAUCAAGCACAACAGUGGCGGCGUGCCGAUACAUUCGGCGUCUUUCAGCUUCGCUACACGCCUGCAACAGGACUGUCUGCUGAAAAUGGCCACGAUUCCGACACUCCGCUCGGUUACUUUGUAAUUUUAGUUGUUUCGUUUUUUUUUAUUUACGCAACUAUUCAAAAGUGCGCAAACGUUUGCAAGCAGGAUUAUUUCCCAGAUUUUUAAAUACGCACGCAAAUUAUGCACGUGCUAGACGAAUAAGCCGACCUCAGGAAUCUCGGGAAAUAACAAAGUAAAGAUAUAUUUUUGUUGCGUGUUAUGAUAUGCAUAUUAUCUGUAACAAUCAAAACAGCAAACUUACAUAAAUUGAAAAUAGUUUUUAUUGUAGGCAAAGUAUGAUUUGAAACCAUAAAUUAGCAAAUUUUUUCGAUGAGAAGGUAAAAAAAAACACACACAAAAGAUGCGUUUAGAGAACGUAAUAAGAAAUGAUGGCGACUUCUUGCACUGGCCGAAUAUAUUUUUUCCCAAAAGGCGCCGAAACCUAUAACGAAGUCGCCCCAGUAUCUAAAUAUUUAAUUUGUAAAUUAUUCUAUAUUCUAUAAACAUGUUUUAUCAUUUUUAAUUCUAACGAUUGUAUGUGCAGUAGGAAUAAUAACAGGAAAACGAGCGACGCAGAACACACAAUUGAUGAGCGUACAGAUGGAAAAGAAAGAUGAUAAUUUAAAUAAUUUUAAAGCAGAACAUGUUAACCGAGUUUAAGUUAAUGUGGCAUCUGCGGCAGGAGAGAUAGUUGUUGUGGGAGGAAUGAAAAUUAAAGGUUUAAAUGUACUUAGUUGAAUACUGCUUGAAUUUCUUUAUGCGAAACAGCGAAUCGGUAGUUGAUUAUAGCAAGAUGAACUACACGACAUUGAUAGGUAAUAUUCAAGCAUAAAAUUAAAAACAAAAAAAUACACAAAAUAAUGAAAAACAAAUAUUUAAUAACAUAACAAGUAUGCGAUAUACACACGAAGAACGAAUGUUGAAGCAAGCAAAAACUGCGUACAGCGCAUUAGAUUCCUGUAGAUAUCCGAUGGCGAUUUGAUUAUUUAGUCAGAACGAACCAAAGUUACUAAUCUAAUUACCAAAUGAGAAGUACGAAUGCUAAGAGUUUACAAAAUGAUUCGUAGAAAUAUUUUGUAUUAGCACUUGUAAUUUGUAAUAUUGCUCAGAACGGUUGCCCUUUUUUGUGGAUAACUAGCGGAAUCUAAUGGAGAACGAAGCGUCAAAAUGAUUCAACGAGAUUUACAUUGACAAGCGCGAAUUUGCCAUGUGGAAGCUGUGUGUGAAUGGGAUUUUGUUUGUGCUGAUUGUUUUAAAUGUAAAUGGAAAUGUAACAACGCGCAAAUGUUGAAUAUGAGCGAAUCGCUUUCGGUUCUUACGCGUUUGAUUUCAGAAAGAAAUUCUCGUUGCUGAAUCAGACAUCAUGCUACAAAUCCAAGCGUGUAUAAAUUUGUAAACACGUGUUGAGAAACUAUAGCGCUUCGACGAUUAAUUUGGUGCUUUGUUGUUCGAACGCAUAUGAUUAAUCACAAGGAAAAUCUUGGGAAAAUGAACUCUCAAAUGGGAAACAGAAACGAGUGUAAUAAAUUGUAUAUGUUAUUCAUAACCGUAGCGCGAUUGGUUUCGAUACUUUUGCAAGAACGAAAGAUUUAAUGUAUUUGACGAGAGUUUGCCCGAGAGUUAUUGAGGAGCGCAAAUGCUAAAAAUAUUCUUAUGUUAAAAUGUAACAACUAAUUAUUGAUAAUAUUUUGUUCGGUGGAAAAUCUCCGGCGAAUAAUUGCAACCUCAAGCGUGGUCUUGUUUCGUUUGAGCUUGAGUUUGCAAAUGUUCGUCUUGUAUCGUGAUUUUCUCAUUUUAUAGUUUAUGGAGUAUCAUUUGUUCGCGAUCGACGUUUCCGCGUUGACACAUAACAUCUUGCCUUGCCGUUGUUAUGUUUGACUCGCGACGAAGUAAAUGUGUUGUUAUAUUUUUGUUUCAAAGUUUUUGUUAAUUAUUAUAGUUUGUUGAUUUUCAUUGGAACUUUCAACACAUUCGAAAUUUAUUAAGUGGUGACGUCGAUCGUAUUUAGUUAAUCUAAAAAGCAAACAGUCAACUUACAGGAAAUUAGGAAUCAAACACGCGUCGAUGUCCAAACGCAUUUUAUGUUUGUCUGUAGGCGUUGUCUCUUUUUAAUUUUUCGUUGAAUUCGUCAUAUUACGGUAUCAAAUUUGAGAUGAAUUGAGAUAUGUUUAGUGCCUAUUUUCACUUAUUCGUAUGCCUUAACACUUAUUAUAUCAAUUACUCUUUCAAAAUAUGGUGUUGAACACGACAAUUUGUGAACAGAGCAAAGGAAGUGUUGGAAAACGAAGUGCAGUCAUGUUUCGGCUUGCAUUUUACAUGUAAUAAUGAGAAUUUAUACCAUAUAUCUUAGUGAUGCAAUUCAAAACACCUGUAUUUUGAGAGUAAAUUCAAAUAAAACAAUGCGGACACUAAUGAUAUUGUAAAUCAGAUUCAAACUGAAACUAUACGAAAUUAGAUAUAUUGAACAAAGAUGCAAAAAUAAUUGAAGGAAAUACAAUGCGAACAGAAUAAAGAACAUAAAUGUUAUUCCUUGCAA